AUGCGAGGUGAGAAGCGCAAGCGGACGCCCACCCGCGCCGAUGGCAUCCAUCCGCGCAACAAGUACAAGGUUCCGCCCGACUUUAAGGAGCUCUCUUCUUCGUACCCUUCGCUGCUGCCCUACCUCGUGCCCACGGCGACCGGUAGAAUGCACAUGCAGUGGCACCUGCCAGACGCCUUGCGAGAGCUCACAAAGGCCUUGCUGCACCGAGACUUUGGGCUGACGUGGGAUAUGCCAUCGACCAACCUCUGUCCGACGUUGACCAACCGACUCAACUACAUUCACUGGAUCGAAGACCUUCUCCUGCUCUCGCGACGUAUCUAUGUUGGCAACGACAUUAUCGGCAUCGACGUUGGCACAGGCGCGUCGUGCAUCUAUCCACUCCUCGGCCACGCAUUGAACCAGUGGCGCUUUGUCGCGACCGACAUUGACGCAGCAUCGCUCGAGUGCGCGCGUGCCAACGUCGCCGCCAACAACCUCGAGCAGCACAUUUCGCUGCGCCUUGUUGACGGAGCCGCAUGUGUCCUCCCGACGCCACUGCCCCCAGCGGUUGACUUUAGCAUGUGCAAUCCACCCUUCUUUGACUCGAUGGACGAGGCCGACACGAACCCGCGCGCCCACUGCACGGGGUCGCUGAACGAGAUGACGACGCCCGGCGGCGAAGUCGCCUUCAUCGAGCGCCUCAUUGACGCGAGUCGAGUGCUCCAGACCCAAGUACGCUGGUACACGUCGCUCAUUGGGCGCAAAAGCUCGCUUCGUCCACUUCUUGCGGCGUUGCGCGCCGCUGGUAUUCGCAAUACGCGCACGACCGAGUUUUUGCAGGGGCGGACGACGCGCUGGGGCCUCGCGUGGUCGUUUACGAAUGACGGCAUGGACGCUGCCGACCUCGCUGCCCACAAGGUGCUUGGGAAGCGCAAGGAACGGCAGCGGCGGGAUACGAUGGCCUUCCACGUCGACCGUCUCGCCCCGAUGCAAGGUACUCCUUCUGUUCAAGCACGUUGCGUACAAGCAGUUUCAUAGAAGCUAGUCCUAUCCACGGUUGCAGAAUGCUAUGCGAUGUCCAUGCCCGCAUCCUCGAGAGUCCUGGCCAUGUGCUCCAGGGGUGCUUGGCUGUGGACCCCAUGGGCGAAAGCACUGAGGCGAAGAGCGACUACACGCUCACGUACGAACGCGACGGAGCGGUCGAGUGGGUCGCUCAAGCGAGCGUUGUGGCCAUGGACACAACCUUUGACGUGACGCUGACGUGGCGCGACGGGAAGAGAGAUCUUUUCUGGCAGAUCGCCGACCAGUGGAAAGGCGCGAUCGUGCGUACCGGCCGCACGUGGCGGAAGCGCCACCAGGGCUUCUACGUGGAUGCGACCGGCGCCUCCCAAGUAUAAAGUUCGCGAGGUUAACGUGCGAUUGAGUUUCAC